AUGAUCGCCGGCGGCGCGUGCGACGCGGUCGUGCAGAUCGCGCGCGUGGACUCGCCGGCGGAUGAUUUCCUUCGCGCCGCAGCGCUCGAUCUCGGCGCGAAGCUCGCGACGUUGGACGGAUUCAAGGACGUCCUCGGCGAGUUCGGCGCGGUCGAAGCCGCGCUGAGCGCGUUCGAGGGCGUCGACCGUUUAGGACGCGCGAGUUCGAACGCGUACGCGUCGUCGUACGACGGCGGCUCGCGCGGGGAGUCGAGGUACUACGGCGCAGAGGAAACCGCGGGGGGCGCCGGGACGUUGUACGGCGGCGCCGAAACCGCGCCGCUGCGUCCGUCCGUGAGCGAGGACCCGGUGAAACUCGGCGCCGCGGGGCUCCUUUCCGUGCUGUGCCACGAGCACGCCGUCAACGCGCGGUAUCUGCGCAAGGCGGACGGGAUCAACAUCCUCAAGGCUGCCGUGGACGCGAUGGCGAACACGGACAAGGCGGUGCCGAUCAACUUUGGCGCCGCAGCGCUCACGGCGGUGUGGAAGUGCGUCGUCCCGGAUGCGAAAAACUGCGCGCACUUCAUCGCGGGCGGCGGGAUGGAGUCUCUGUUGAACCUUCUGUCGAGGUGCAACGCGAACUUACGGCCGGUCACGCUGUCGCUGCUCGCGGACGUCCUCGAGAACCCGAAGACGCACCUCUUCUUCCACGAGUGGCGCUCGACGGGCGGGUCGCGGAGUUUAGUCCCCGCGGGCGCGUCCGCGACGACGCUCGUGUUGAACGUGUGGCGCUCCGCGGAGGCGGCGUUGGGCGUGACGAACGGCGACGGCGUCAUCGCGAACCGCGCGAACCCGCUCGCGGGGGAUUCGAGCAAGUCGAGGCCGUUCGACGAGGCGGAAGCGAUCAGCGGCGCGACGUACACGGUGCUCACGCGCGGGCGUCUGGAGAACGAGGUCAAGGCGGCGGCGGCGGCGAAGCGCGACGGCGCGGACGGUCUCAUGUCGAGGGUGUUCGCCGUGUGCUCGCUGCUCGGUUUCGGUAACUUGAGGGAGUACUGCGGCAGAGUCGACGAGCUCACGCUGUUCACCGUGGAGCGGUACGUGGACUUCAAGGAGGGCGAGGUGUGGGAGCGGACGAAGGAGAUCUUCGAAAACGAGGGGUUGGUCCCGACGGGACCGGACCGGCAGGUCAUGGACGAGGCGAUCGUCACGGCGAGGAUGACCGCCGCGGAGCUCGCGGACGCGCAGCGGUCGAUCGUCAACGGCGACACGCGCAAGGCGACCGCGGAGGAGGUGGCGUAUUACGAGGAGAAAUCGACGCAAGCCGCCGCGGACGAAGCCGCGCGGUGGUACAAGCCCGAUCGAAGCAAGCUCACGACGAAGGAACGGUACCGCUCGCAGCUCCUGAAGGACACGAUGCUGUCGAACUCGUUCAAGGCGCCUACGAGGCAGUCAUCUUUAUUGCUACCCGGUGUUUAGUAAGAUGUAUUCCUACCUAGGUUUUCUACGCGGGACGCCGCGCCC